AUGGCAUGGUCCAUAAUAGCUGGGGUAAUUGGGGUGUGGGCGGGCUGGGCGGAGGGCCCCGCGCAGCGCCAGCACUUGGCUGUGGUUAACUGGAACGACCAGCAUCUCAACCCCCUUACCCGACUGUUGUCGGAGGGGGCAGGUGGCGGCCGCGAGGCUGGCGGCUUAGUGGCACGAGCGCGUUCCACCACGGGCGGCGCGGAGGCGGGGCCAGGCCGAGCCUCCGCCGGGCUCCGCACUUCGCUGUGGUCCCGCAGGCCCAGCCCCGCGGAGCCCGGCUUCCUACCGCGCUCAAACAGCCGCGUGGACGCGUUCCUGCGCAGGCAUCUGGCGCCAGAGGCCUACGACGCCAGCCGCGCCUAGGAACCGUGCAUUGUGGUGUCCGACUCAGAGAAGCACUAAUUAAAGUACUUGGUCCUCAGCGACCAGCUCACCAACCUGACCGAGAACCCGCCCAAGUCCAUGCCACAGGUCGUGGCGCAGCGGGACGCGGUGGCCAUUGAUCUAAUUGAUGAUUACCCAGAAUGUUUGAUUCCACAAGACGGAGACAGCAACUACCACAUUCGUAUCAUCUAUUCAACUGUUUUGAAAAAAGAGUAGUGUGAAAAGUCAAAAGGUGUCAGGAAAUUUUUGUUAGCAUUUCAUCACACCAAUGCUAACAACAAACACGUCAAGGAAGAGAACAAUGGCUCUUUCUUUUGGAGAGGCAAAGAGCCUAAAAGUCUGGAUGAAUCCUCUCUCAGGAGAGAUGGUUGUUUGGAGCCCUCCAGGAGGAGCUGCCAGUCCACAUCAGCCACUGACAAGGCUGUCAGCGUGCCACAUUGCAACACAAAAGAACCCCUGGGACUUCCAGAUCACAAAGGCUGUCUACGAGAAAUCCCUUUCAAGUGAAAUGGGAACGGAAAUGAGUUUUACUUAGGAAAUUCCGCCCUGGCCUUCCCUUUACAAAGCAACCCAAACCUGGAGAAAAAAGAAUCAGAACUUCAUUUGUACAUUAUUUCCACAACGUCAUCAAUAUUUCUGUACAUAAAAAGUUCAUGGAACAAUUAUAUUAUAAAAGCUACUCUUUUACAAGAUCCCCUAUAUGGUAGUGAGUUCAGUCUUGCCACUGCAAAGCCACACAGAUCUGAGGAGAAAAUUAAGCCUUUCAGUCAACUUGAAUCUGAACCUUUUUUUAAAGAUAAUACUUUGAGGAAGGUACUUCGCUUAAUUAUGGAACUUAAAGUAGCAGCCCAGAAAAACUUUACUCUGAAAAGGCUCCUCUGGAAAACCAGUGACCUUUUUUAUUUCCUAGUGAACCAGCUUCAUGAGUACUUGUGAGAGUCUACAGAUGAGAAUGCACUUCACAAUAAAAGCCAAAGAGCUGAUGACCUGGUGGCGCGCAUUGAAAUUAUACAGACUCUGGGACUGAUGUUCAGAGAAACCGAAACUGAGUCAGCACAUCUGAACACAUUAGCAGAUAAGAAGGUUACUCUUGCGGCCAGUACUGUGAAGCAAGUGGUGAAGCGGCUUUCAGCUUCAUUUCAGCUGUUAAGUCCCAGCCAAGCAUUUCUGUUGUACCAGCAGUUUUACAUCCUCAAGAGCCACCCACAGUACAGCAAGACUUUAGCUGAGUAUAUCAGGAGUAACUACAGAGAAGGAUUCAAGUACUUUAUUCAUAUGCCAGCCUUGGAAAAAAGGCUCCCAUUGUGUUACCCUAUUACCCAGUUUAUCACUCAACGUUUUCAAGGAGUUCUAAAAUUGGUUAAACAAUGUGUGAAGUGUUAA